CUAAAGUAUCCCGUUUUUCAACGUCCGCUCCGACCAAUGCACACCAGACUCUACCCUCCACCUUCCACAACGAUCGUGCACUUUUUUCGCUCUUCUUCGACUGGACAUAACAAUGCCAUGAACAGGGAAUCAAAUAAAGUCAAGCCGAGCUGACAUUCAGUAUGCCUUGAUGAAUCUUCGUGGUAGUAUCUGAGCGCCACGAAUGUUGCUUAUAGCAAUGAAGGGUGGAAUUUGAAGUGAUUGAAGACCUGUGUGCACUCGAAGAUGGCAGCCUCGAAGUUCAUGGUGGAGUUCUGCUCCUGUUGUAAACAAAACGGCCGAACGUUUUCCGUCAUCCGUUUGUACAAGAACAGGUUCUCCACCGCUAGAGACACACUUGGUACGAGGGAGCGAGGGAGACAUGUUGUGAAGGAAUCUGGGUCAGAAGCUUGAUGAGUUGUGUUGGUCGAAGCUGUGUUCGAGGCGCACGGUACUGUUGGCCAUGGAAGGCCGGUAUCCCUUUUACGUAGGAGAACGUUAGUUUUUCUCAAAGAGGGGGCUAAGUGACGGCCAUAGAUCAGCCAGAAGGGGAAUGAAGGAUGGGAAGAGCGCUGACAGGAGGCGGGCGAACCAAGACGUAGUCGAAAAGGUUGCUCGAUAUUGUCUACGUGCCGAAAUCCUGUCCAUCGGAGGGGAUGCACUGCGAAAGAAGGUGACGUGCUCGAUUUACCAAACGCCGACCGUGGUUUGCGUUGCUGUACUUGGAAUGGACAACAAUCACGAUGAGUAAGGCGAGCUCGUACAAGGUGCGAAAUAUAGUAAGUUACGUUUAUAUCAUCAAGCCACCGUUUCUGGCUCUCAUGAACCGUCCAUAUACUAAAAUCAAAAUCACACGGAUCAGGCGCUUAUCCCCAGAAAAUCGAUGUCCGGGGUGGACUCAGAAAUUAGUCAAUCAAUCUCGCGAAUCCAAACAGCAACAGCUCUAUUUUUGAGCUGGUCAAAUAGAAGAAGAAGGAAGGGCCCAAUUUUCCCAGCUUGUUAUCCCGUUCCCAUUCCUUCCUUCAAGAGUAUGCCCUCCCCACCAAUAGGCGAGGUUACCUCUCCUGAAGAUAAUAACAUCGUCACUCGUUUACAACGCCGCCAAUCACCCCCACCGCCCCCAUCGCUAUUUAGUCUUCCAACACCGGGGGAGGUUAUUGCGGGUAUCAGUUCUGCCUUGGAUCAGAUAUUUGGGAUACCACCCCCUGCACCAAAAGUUACUAGUGCAACAACUGCGCCUACAUCUACCUCCACCUCCGAGCAGCCCCCCCCAGAGACAACGACAAGCAACACAGAUACCCCUCCAACUGAAACAACUACAAGUACAUCGGAGGUUAUCGCAACGGCAACGUCUACAGAGGUGGAACAAAGUUCUAGUACGACAGAUACCGGAACGGGAGAUGCAACAACGGAGAGCAGUAGUACGACCGUGACUAGUAGUAGCUCCUCUACCGAAGCUGCGUCGACCUCCUUUACAUCGUCAAGCGCCCCAUCUUCCAGCGCCCCGUCUUCUGCACUGGCAGUCGUCACCUCGUCGACCCUUCCCGACUCGACGCUUUCAUUGACAAGCGAGGGAGUGGCCACUGAAACUGGCGUGUCCACGAGUGACAGGACAGUCAAAAAAAACACACCUAUGAUUGCUGGGAGCGUUAUCGGCGUUUUGGCGCUGUUUUCGAUCUCGCUAUUGCUGUUCUUAUGUUUCCGACGUCGAUACCUUCGGAGGCGUAGGGCGGCUGAGCUUGAAGAGGCUUCGUCGUUCAUAAUGCCCAUUCCUCGGCACUUUGAGCCUCAGAGGUAUCUGCCGGCGAAGUUCAGGGAUGGAAGGGAGAGGAUACCCCCGUCCCCAUCAACCGCUUAUGAUCAUCAAGCGACGACUGACAGCGAAGAACCGGAGGAUGGUGGAACACAUAGCGACGAACAGCAUGAUGAACCUAGACAGAUCACCGGCAGUAAAUCGCUCCAUAUAGUCAUACCACCUCUGAGAGGACCGCCACCAUAUACGCCUUGAUUUGGCUUUUUGGUUUUGCACUUGUCCAGCUGUCGAACACUGGCGAUGGUUUCAGAACAGGACUUAUGGCAACUGGACCAUUAUGCAUUAAGUAGCUUCAAAUGUAUCUAAAGUCUAGACCUCCCUGGACACUAGGUCCAUAUUAUACAGUUCCUUCUAGGC